AUGGCGGCGCCGGGAUCCUGCCCCUCGCCGGCGGCCCCGUCAGCCGGCCACCCUCCCGUCUGCCUCGCCGCCGACGCUUCAGGUGGAUCGGGAUCCCAGGAAACGCCGCUGCGGCCGCGGCUGGUGCUCUUCGGCGACUCCAUCACGGAGCAGUCCUUCCGCCCCGGCGGCUGGGGAGCGGCCCUCGCCGACACCUACUCCCGCAAGGCCGACGUGGUCGUCAGAGGCUACGGCGGGUACAACACGAGAUGGGCUCUCUUCCUCAUCCACCGCAUCUUCCCCCUGGUCGGCUUAGUACCGCCCGUAGCCACCACCGUGUUCUUCGGUGCCAACGACGCCGCGCUCCUGGGACGGACAAGCGAGCGGCAGCAUGUCCCGGUCCAGGAGUACAGACAGAAUCUCAGAACAAUUGUUGAUCAUCUCAAGGAUUGUUCCAAGUCCAUGAUGAUUUUGCUUAUCACCCCACCUCCUAUUGAUGAAGAUGGAAGAGAACAAUAUGCACGGUCACUAUAUGGAAAAGAUGCGAGGAGUCUCCCUGAAAGGACAAAUGAAAUGGCUGGUGUCUAUGCAAGUCAAUGCAUAGAACUAGCCAAAGAAAUGGAUGUGCACUGUGUUGAUAUUUGGUCAAAGAUGCAACUGACUGAAGGUUGGCAGAAACUUUACUUAAGUGAUGGACUGCAUCUGACACCGGAAGGGAAUGCUCUGGUCCACAAGGAGGUUGUCCAAUCAUUAAGAGGCGCCGGUCUGAAAGCUGAAGAUAUGGCGCAUGACUUUCCUCAUCAUUCCAAAAUAGACGGAGUUUUCCCAGAGAAGGCCUUCCAGUGACGUGAUUUCAGGAUGUGUGAUGUUCAAGUUCAAACUGCUUGGUCCCUGUGUCUGGAGGUUUUGCUUUCAUCCUGUUAUACUUAUUCAUCUGUUGUGAACUUUUGAACUGUGAAAUUCUGUGUAUUUUUUUCUACCAGUCAAAAUAGUUAUUAACAAAAAUUACUUUAGUAGUAACUAGAUGACAUAAUUUAGGUGGAUUAAUGUUUCAUAGUACUCCACCAUAUCUGCACUGGAAAUUGCAUUUCACCAUGUAUCGCAAAUAGAUCUCUUGUACUGCAAGCCGUUGAAAGUCUCCAUGAUACAUGCUGCAUUUGCACCACUCAA